AAUAGACAAUACAUUUUAUGGAACAUGUUGGCAUUUGGCCCUACACUUGCACCAAACAUUACAGAGAUCGUUCUAAAUUAUUGCCUCAUAAGAAAUUUGCUGCAUAAACUUAUACGCAAAUGACCUUAAGAUUGGUUGAUGUUGAUUCAAAUUUCAGCAAUGACAAAAUUUGAUGGGCAAAACUUCAAUUGUUUUACUUCUUUGUUUGAUAAAAGCUGUCGGUUUGCUCCCUCUAUUGACUAACCAAAUCCACCAGCCAUGCUCUAUAUUACUAUAUAUUACUUCCGUCAUUUCCCAAGCCAUGUUCUUAUAAAUAUGAGCUCCCUCACUUUCCCUCUAAUAACAUUUCUUCUAUUCCUCUCUUUACCUGACUACCUAUAUACAACUUUAUAACUUCACGUUUCCCAACUACAUUUCUUUUAUGUACCUUAAGUAAUGAAUUGCUUUACUUUGUUCAGAUAAUUAUGGCAGUCGAUUCAGCAGGAAGGAAAGUGUUAUGCAUGCCAAGGCAAUGGCAAGAGAGAGACACUAGUCCUGAGAGAACCAAGGUUUGGAUGGAGCCAAAGUCGAAGACAACUGAGCAAAAAGUUCCCGUCAUUUACUACCUCUCCCGCAAUGGCCAGCUCGAGCAACCUCAUUUCAUGGAGGUCCCUCUCUCUUCACCAAAAGGACUCUAUCUCAGAGAUGUGAUGAACAGACUAAAUUUUCUUCGGGGACAAGGCAUGGCCAACAUGUAUACCUGGUCUUCAAAAAGGAGCUACAAGAAUGGAUUUGUGUGGCACGACUUGUCUGACAAUGACUUCAUAUACCCUUGUCACGGCCAAGAAUACGUUUUCAAAGGUUCACAACUCCUUGAAACGUCUUUAAGCUUUCGAUCCUAUGAAACAGUAUCAUCAAUAUCAUCAACCUCAAACAAUUCCUUCGACACAAGCACUUCGAGUAUAGACUCCAAUAUCCCUACAGUCAUUGUGAGGAAAAAGAAUCAGUCAUGGAAUUCAUUUGACGACCUUCGUGAAUAUGAAGUUUACAAGGCCAGAGCUGGUGGGGAAUUUGCUGCAAAAGCAUCUAAUAAUGCAGCCACACAGACUGAGGAUAAGAGGAGGCAGAAAAGGAAGGAUAGUGAAAAAGUUGAAGAGUGUGAAGGGAAUGAUGUAACUGAGAUGAAGGGUCACGAAGAGGUUCACUUGGCAUUUUCAAAGGAUGGUUUUGGAGGGUUAGGUAGUUUGGAGGGGUCUAAGGAGGUUCGUGUUAGAAAUCUGCUGGCGGAGAAUGAUUGUCCCAGUGAGAAGAAGAAGGCAUCUAAGGUUCUGAUGCAGUUGAUCAGUUGUGGAUCAAGAGGGAUCAAAGAUCGAUUGUGAGUCAAUAGCAAGAAUGGAUCCAUUUCAUGUUAUUUAAACUUUUAAAUAAAGUGACAUUCAGGGCUGUAAGUUCUACAAAAUAAAUUUUUAAUCGUAAAAUGGGCCAUGUGUAUUUCAAAUGAAACAGAGAGAAUCUAGAGUGUGUAAAGUAGGACAAGUACCAUAAGAAGUACAAAAAUGAGUUGUGGAUAUAUUUAUCAAGAAAUGAGCUAUGCACAUUAUAGUCAGUGCACUAUAAAGUGUAACACUCUUAUUGUGAUAGAAGAAUUUUGUUCUACUGUUCAUGAGGUCAUUAGUUGGGAUUUCUUUGUUGCUUUUGAAAUUUGAAGACAUGGGCCAAUGCGGUUUUCAAUGAUUGGAUUGAAUGUUUGAUGUCCAUAUUCAUGAUGUAUUUUUCGCUUGUAAAGCAUUGCUUAUGGAAUGUAUUUGUAUCUUUUGUCUUA